AAAGAUACUUCAAUAAUAUUUCGGUAAACAAACGCUUUGUGCGUCUGCUAUGGUCUUGUGUUGUGUUCUGUAAUGUAGUUCACAAUGUUUAGGGCUGUAAGGAAAGUACGACUAUUAUGUAAGAGAUGUGAAGCAGUAUCAUAUAUUACAAAAGAAGGGAGGCGAUACGUACUAUCUGAAGCAUAUCGUUGUGAAGAUGCAUGGAAUAAUCGGUAUUCCUCUCCAGUCAUCCAGAAAAUUAAAUUGGAUGAGAUGUACCACGAGUUGGAUAUAAGGUUUCAGCAAGAAGGAAAAGCUGCUGCUGUUGACAUUGAUCUGUUUGCAAAUGCUGUGAAGACUGAAGAACAUGCUGAUGAGUUGGAAGAUUUGGUUCAUAAGCUUCGAUUAAGUGAAAACACAUCAUCUAUGUUACCUUCCACACCACACGCUGUCAUUCGUAUCUUACUAGAACUUGGCAGGCAUGAACAGCUGUUGAACAUUUUGAAUGACAGAAUUAACUAUGGAAUCUUUCCUGAUUAUUAUUGUUCAUGUUUGUUAAUGGAUACAUUCCUAAAAUCAGGAAAUUAUGCAGCUGCUGCAAAAGUUGCUGCAAUGGAAAUGCUACAGGAGGACUGGUCCAAUCCUCUUACUACACACCUUGCCCUCUAUUCGUGCCAUAUGUACUUAAAGGAUCCUGGGCCUGAACCUUGGAAAGAGGAGGUGGUGGAAGAAAAUGACACUGAAGAAGAGGUGAAAGUACGUGUAAAGUACAUACGAAACCCAUAUUUUGAUGACCAUUUUGAUCUACGUGAUCCUCAGCUCUUGCUCGGAAAGACUUUUGCUACCAUUGGCAUAGCUUUGUCUGAUUCUGUUGGAUACACAUACCAGUUAGUGGGUUGGGCACUAUAUAAAAAAUGGAACAAAGUUGUUAAAUGUCUGGAUGAAGUGUUAGAGAAAAAACAAACAGUAUUCAAUGAAGGGAUAAAAAUACUUGAACGUGAACUCCAGAAAAUGGAAAAGGAUCCAGAAAAACAGGACCCUGGAAGUAGUGUAAGAGAUACAUGCAUACAAAAAAUAGAAAACAUAAGAACUUUGGGCCUUGUUUCAAAUGAGUGUUUACAUACAGCAGUCGUGAGUAAAGUUAAAGCUGUAGUGGCCGAGCAUGAGCAGCAGAUGAUAACUGCACAACGUAGUGUAUAUAAGGAAUGGGAGAAGCUGCGUGAAGAAGUCCUCCAGAAAGAAUUGGACAAAGUGAAGACACAGAAAAGAUUGCAGCAAAUUCAAGAGGAAAAGGAGCGGCUAGCAAAACAAGAGGAGGAAUUAUUCUUUUUUGAUAAUUUACAGAAACUUAACCUUAUUAUAAAAGAAGCCAAGUCUGUACCAAAGGAGGAGGUAAAAAGGAAAGGGAAAAAGAAAGAAGACGACGAAAGUUACAUACCACCAGAAGUAACUAAAAGAAAAAAAUAAUGAUUGUAAAUUAUGAACAUUAAGCAAAUAAUUAAAGAAUGUCUUAAGUA